AUGGCACAAAAUGUAAAAUUUUCUUCUACUGAAGGUGAACUCCUGGCAGAUCCUUCUAGUUAUCACAGACUCAUUGGUAGACUCAUCUACCUUACCAUAUCCAGACCUGACUUAGCAUAUGCUGUUCAAGUUCUCAGUCAAUAUAUGGAUAAACCAAGACAACCUCACCUAGAUGCAGUGCAUAGAGUGCUUAAGUAUUUGAAAGGCACACCUGGUCAUGGAACUUUCUUCUCUGUCACUUCUGAUAUUCACCUUAAAGCGUUCUGUGAUUCAGAUUGCGCUGGUUGUGUAGACACUCGCAAGUCUGUGACAGCUAGCCCGGUUUUCCACGAAAGAACCAAGCAUAUUGAGAUAGAUUGCCAUAUAGUAAGGGAGAAAUUACAAGCCAAUGUGAUCAAGACUCUUCAUGUUGCUUCUUAUAAUCAAUUGAGUGAUCUUUUUACUAAAGCUCUUGGAUGUGUUCAGUUUCAUUCUUUACUUGGAGAGAUGGGUGUUUUGGACAUACACACUCCAUCUUGA